GUCUUGGUACCACGUGACCACUCUUCCCAUGUCAAUCGAUUAUCCUCCAAUUCAGGGAAUGGAAAGCUCACGACCUUCCCGUAUUACAUGGCUGCUCAGCAAAACAACGAGGAAAUUCGUGAUUCUCUCGGCGAGAAGGCAGAACUCGAUUAUGACGAGAAAACUAAGGCUGGAGAGUUAGCCGUCAAGGUCAUUUGUCUCGGGGAUAGCGCCGUGGGAAAGUCCAAACUUUUGGAGAGAUUCUUGGUUGAUGGAUACAAGCCCCAGCAGCUGUCAACUUAUGCCCUAACCCUGUAUCGUCAUCGUAUGACAAUCAGUGAUGAAUCAGUCCUUGUUGAUUUUUGGGACACAGCUGGACAGGAGAGAUUCCAGUCCAUGCAUGCAUCAUAUUACCACCAAGGCCAUGCAUGCAUAUUGGUUUUUGAUGCCACACGAAAGAUCACAUACAAGAAUCUCACAACUUGGUAUAAAGAGCUCCGUCAUCAUCGCCCAUCCAUUCCCUGCUUCUGUGCUGUCAAUAAAAUAGAUGUGAAUGAGGAGGUGACCCAGAGGAGCUUCAAUUUUCCAGCCAAGUAUGACAUCCCCAUCUACUAUGUGUCUGCAGCAAAUGGAACAAAUGUUGUGAAGCUUUUUACAGAUGCUGUGGAAGCUGCCAUCAGGUACAAGAAAAAUCCAUCAGACUUCAAUGACAUCAUUCUUGAAGAGCUGGAGAGAACAUGAAGUCACAACCACAGUACUCAAUCAGAAUGUGCCUGAGUGUCUUCAAGGAGCUCAACUUGAUUGCAACUCUCUCCCUGAAGCAAUAGGGCCUUCAGGAAUAAACAACACAUGAUUUGGGCAAAACAAGCAUGUUCUUGCUGAAAUGGUGUCAAGUGAAGAUUUUCAAAGCAGAAUACUGGGCUACAUUGACAACAUGAGCAAUGGCAAGGGAUCAGACAUUAAAAAGAGAUCAAGCAACUCUUUAUCAGAAAGUCAUGGAACUACAGGAAGAUGAGAGGAAACAGGAAGGCAAAGAAAGUUGGCAAAUCCAUUGACAUAAAAGACC